GGGAAAAAAACACAAAGAAGAACUUUCUUCCUCGUCUCAGGUUUUUAAAAAGAUGGAGGGAAGAUUGUUUCGAAGAUAGCUUUGACGAGUUCUACUCUGGCCGUCGUCAUGUUUUAAGUCACAUUCUUUUUAAGGGUCUGCUUUCGUUUUUGUGACAACUCAAGCUCCAUCUUUUAAACGUUUAGUUUUCGAGGGCAAGAUUAAGAACACAAUGCAGCCGCCGAUUGUCUUUUUCGACUUGGAGACAACUGGACUGGGUCCAACGUGCGAGUUGGUCCAGCUGGCUGCGGUGAGCGGAGGCCACUCUCUCAACCUCUACACUGUCCCUCGCUGUCGAAUGGAACCGGGCGCCGCCAGGGUGACGGGCCUCAGGGUGCGCCGGCGCAAGCUCUACCUCCACCGCCGCCCCGUCCCCACCAGGACCAUGCGGGAGGUACUGCUGUCCUUCGUCGCCUUCCUGCAAUCGCUCGGACGCCCCCUGCUGGUGGGCCACAACAUCCGCCGUUUCGACUGCCGGCUGCUGGCCCGAGCUCUGGACGAGACGGGCCUCCGGGCACAGUUCGAGGCGUCUGUGGCCGGCUGCGUGGACACGCUGCCGCUCGCCCGGGAUGUGCUGAAGGAUUGCGGCAUGAGCAGCUUCAAGCAAGAGUACCUGGUUAAGGAGCUAAUGGGCAUAGACUACAAGGCUCAUGAUGCUUUGGAGGACGUGCGCUCUUUGCAGAUGCUCUUCAACGUGCUACAGCCCAAGCCGGAAGUGGUUGCACACUACACGUUCAAUCUGAGUGUCGUGCAGGAGGCGACCAGAGCUCCCAAAGGAGAAGGUCUGCUGCCAGGACAGCGCCUCCUUUGGCAGCACCUGGAACAGCCAGUGAACGAUACGGCUGGAAAAGCGGCGGGGCACCACAGCGGCCCGGUGGACAAUUGGUUAGAACAACCGCGCAGUGGCAGUUUCUGGCAUGUACAAUAUAUACGGCCACACAAGGCAGCAUGGCUGGGGUGACGGCAAUGUGCCCCCCAAAAAAAAAAAUAUGGGAGAUUUGCGCCCCCUUGUGGAGUUGCCGUCUGCACUGGUCUAGAAUUGCUCUCAUUCUUCCCGUCACUGCGGCUCGAGGAGCAAAGACCUUUUCAAAGCUCAAGUUAAUAAAAACCUAUGUGAGGUCAACCGUGUUUCAGGAACGUUUACCUGGCCUCAGCAUCAUAAGCAUCAACAUAACAGUUGGGGAGCAGCGAUCAUCCACUGACAUCAUGUUUGAUUUUGCAUCAAUGAAGGCCAGAAAGUUUUUUCUUUUCGUUUGUACAAUGCAAGAUUUGUUUUGUCUCCCCCCCCCCUUAAUUCUAGUUAUUCUGUGCAGUAAUCUUAUUUGUUUAUAAUUCAAUAUAUUUUAAAGAAAUCAGG